AUGGCUGCUAUUAAGUUCAAGGGCGUAGUUGCUACCAGACUGUCCUUGGCAGAUGAUCUUUCUUCAGCUCAUGAGUUUUCAACAUGUAGACCUACUUCGUGUGUCUUCUCCUUCUUCAUUGUUACUUGUCGCGAGAGCCUUGAUUCUCGACUCUUUGUUCUCAACAAGGUGGAAACCUCGUUGAAUCGCGCGCUGUCUGCUUCUAGUCAUCCCAACCAAUCCCAAAACCUCUGUGAUUGUUUUUUCACUGGGCAAGAACAUCUUGUUCAAACGUUUAUUGACUGUAUUGCUGCUGACCAUAUACUUUUGAAACGAUCAUCCACGCAUUGUCUCCGUUUGCUUUGUCGGAUUCUUAUUUGUAAUCGUCGCCCAUUGCCUCACCUGACAGAUUUUAUUUCCUUCAUAGUGAAACAUGGUUUCUCUUCUAACGUUCAGCAUAAUGCCAAGCUGUCACUGUGUACCGCUCUUCCGCAGAUCUUUGCUAAAGACGUUUUUGAAUCUUACAAGUCCCACAACCAAGCGAUUGAUUUUGAGCCUCUCUGUAGUACUUUACUGCAUUUGUACACUAAUACGUGUGGAAACAAGUCCCCUUUCAGACAAGCAUUCUUCUCGUUGUUCAGGCUUCUGGGUCCUGAGACUUACCGUUUGGUUGUUCGCCGAUGGGAAAGAAUGUGCAUAGAUGGCUUGUUCCCACUUUCCAACCUACAACUUGCCCAGAGCUGGAUGGUUACGUUAUUCACAUCAAGGAUUUUCGCUUCACACGAUUACCUAACUAUGCGUGAACAUUACAACAUUAACCCUGAUCGUUCAAUAUCUGUGAAAAAUUCAUUGAAUCACGCAAUCGGAAGCGAUAGCGAGGUUCUUUUGGAUGCUGAGGAUUUUACAUGCUUCGCCGACUUGAGUACAUUUCUUUCUCGGGAGUCUUAUGAUGUACUUUUUACAGCACUUUCUUCGAGCGGCUCACCGAAGUCCAAUGAAUACUGCCGUAACAAUACUGCCUUGUGUCUCGCUGUUGAGGAGCUUCGUGACUCAGUUAUUGCCAAUAUGUCUUCACCCGCCGGUCGAAAUCUUUGUUUUGGUCUCCAAAGAAAUACAUAUUCGUUCAAUCACACGGACGAACUUCCGUCACCUGAAGUCUUUGCCCUUCCGACAGUACUUGCGUCCUUGUUAAGAUUUUUACAGCACUUGAUUCAUGACUCAAAUUUCAACCUCGUCGUUUGUUGUCUGCAGAUUGCUUCUGCCCUCAUGCAGCCGUUCCUUUGGCAGGAUUUUAACCUUAGUGGGCGUGGAACCACCGAAAACUUGAGCUCCAGUUUCAUUUGGACUGUUUGUGACCAUCUGGUCUCAGAAUUUAUUGUCAUGCUCCGCAUCGUUUUCAGCCACAAUAAUCUGGUGGUCAGAAUUUCAGCAAGUAAACUGUUCCUCGACAUUGCACGUGUUCCAAGUGGCCCGUUGCUGCUUAUUCAACGAUUAAUUUAUCCAGUCUUGUGUUCUAAAAUUGAUUUAAAGCCACCAUUAAACCACGCACGUAAUGACCAACUGCAGUCCGAGCGCAAUUAUGACCGAUUAUGCCAAGAGCUCAUUGACAUGCUGACUUCCAUGUUAUUGACACUUCCGAGUUCCGCUUUUGAUCCCGUACUAAUCUGUGAAAAAAUACUCCUUAAUGGAUUAUUAAACCAGCGGGUCUCGGUUCGCGCUGCUACACUUGACUGUGUGGCUGUCGUUGCACACAUUCUGGGUCCAGGCAAUUUGUCACCUCUGUUGGCUGCAGUCUCUGAAGCGGACUCACGUCUUUCCACGCAAUCAUCCACUUCCAAAGAUCCCUAUGUGACCGAAGUACCGACCAGUGUAUCUGCACAUAACACUGGUAGCUUAUUGGAAGCUGUCCAGCGCCGUUUGGCUCGACGUCAGCUACCCCAGUUAGACAGUCAAGGCCGCGUGAUAAGAGGCUUCUCUAGUCCGACUGAAUCCGGCCUUUCUACAAUCAUUCGCAAUGGUGGAUCUACCGGCUCACUCGACCGUAGCGACAGCGGUAUCGCGGCUCUAUCUGCCGACCUCGAGACUUGUGUACCAGCCGUCAGUCCGAGGACAUCUUCCAACUGUACCAUGAGAUCCACCGUAACAACUCACCCCACUUCAAAAGGGCUUCGCCGCCGUCCAAGCGCUGUAUGCAAUCGUACGCGAUUACCUUGGAAUCCACGAACGGCUGUUAACGGUAACUCCGUCGCUUCUUCCAGUGGUGUCUCUUCAGUCACUUCACCGCGCGGUCCCGACAGCAAUUCCAGCAGUGCCACAGGAACCCGCACAACGAUCACUACAGAGACGGAAUCUGAGCACGAACGAGAUAUCACAGGGGACUGCGUUUCCCCUGAUUUUAUCCCCCUGAGGUUUCCCGGGCCACAAGCACCAAAAUCCGCCCAAAUAUGGCCAACUGGUCGCAACCGGCGAAGUAACAGAGCUACAGGACCAAAGAGUGGUCCUAAUGGUGGAUCAGCGGCAAUGCAGUCUAAAAGCGUACCCACAUCGGGUCGAAUUUCGCCCAUCUCUUUUCAUGAUUCGCUAAUAUCCGUUGACCCAAGUCCCCCUCUUCCUCGCACUCCACGCGGUUCCUCCGUUCUGACCGCCUCGGAUGUCGAACCUUGCACACCUCGCCGCAAACCUCUCCUGGAACCACUGAAGCACAAGACUGGUCCGCCAUCAGUAUUUUCCGCACGACCAGCUCUUGGACGACAAAGUGGCCGCUCGCGGCAGUCAAGCGCCAUGAGUUCGAAUCGCUCCGAUUCUCGCGAAGUUACCGAGACACCCCCUAUUGUAAGCGACCGCAAGCCUUCUCACACCUGCCAUUCUCAUCGCACCAACAACUCUCCAACCGACACGGCGGAAGCGUACCAUGAUGAUUACGAAGAGGACGAUGACAAUGCUGCCGACAUGGGCGAUAUCAUCAAUGACGACGAGGACGAUGAUGAUGCCAGCAUCUCCACCUUUGAAGGUCUGCAAAGUGCCCGCGGGACCACCGAGCAGAGAUUGGAUAACGACGAGAAAUGUUGCACCGAUACUAAUCGUUCUGGUGGACCGGGAAACAGGGGUUUGUUGUGUCGUUCUGUGGAUUCUGAGUUGUCCGGGGUCACCAGCAUUCGAAGCGCGGCAUCUCACAGACGUGCAUUGCGCCUGUUCGAGGAGGCAGAGCGUCGGAGGCGCCUGGAAGAAUCCAAUGCCAGAACUGGACCGGACGAUAUCACUUGCGAACCUACUCCUGUGUCUGUUGUAGAUAGCAGUUGUCCUAUGCCCACUCUUGCGCCUGCUGUCUCCCCCGCAUUGUCAACACUUCGUCCCAUAGCGCCCGGAAAAGCCACGGCGCACAGGCGUGGUAUUCAGCAAAUUGCGCCUCAGGCCCCACAACUUUCACACUCGGUUGCCCCAAUCACAAAUCAGCGCCAUAGCUGUCCACCAAUAAAUUCAGCUUCCCACUCAUCGGUAUCUACAGAUUCCAAUCUACCAGCAAAUAAUUCGACCGAAUACAAUCCAUACAAGGGAGCUUCGUUUCGGGAGAAUCCGGGAUACGCCGGUCUAGUAGUUGGACGUGCAGCGGCGAGCACAGUUCAGUGUUCCUCCACACAGGAACCACAGCGUUCGAGUCAUUUUCCACCAACAGGCGAGAGAAAACCACUGAAAGGUCAGCACAACAUCCAUACAGGGCCAAUAUUCAAUGCACACUCAGACAUCGUAGCAACUAUGUCAACAACAUCAGCGUCAAUAGCGAGUUCCACCUCAUCCGCUGUGUCUCCUUCAUCGUCCAUCAAUGUGGUUGGGCGGGGAUUGUUUGGACCUCAUCAUCAACUGACAUCCAUCCCAUGCGCUCUGAGGCCCCAUCCCAGUGUAGAUGCGUCCAACAAAACCGACCGUAAUGCACCACCUGGUUCGAGUGGAACCGAACACAGCUCCAUGCCUAUUGCCCCUCCUCCCUCGGAGUGCUAUGACGACAGACCGAUCAAGCCCAGUGUAUUGAGUUUGGGUGCCUUGGCAGUACCUGGUGGCGUACUGAACACCGACCCCAUUGAGAUUAAAGCUUCUAACAGCGUUCGUGAACGUGCACUGCAGCGGAAGACAUCGGAGCUUCAACGGCUCAAAAAGCGUCCCAGCGCAAAUCUUUGUCACCCCGCCGGAGACGAGGAGACCAGAAGUGUGUCCAACGACUACAUCCCACCACUGGACGGUGACCAUAUUGUCCAUCAGCCUCCAUCGAAUGCAACUUGGCCCCCUCCCGGGCGGCUUCACUCUAGUCCUUCCCGCUUGGUAUUAGACACGGGGGAUGGUGUGUCGCCUCGCUUCACUAACAAUCCAGCUUCGGGCGCUGCGAAACAAACGGACCACUUGUCUUCCGAGUCCACUGCGUUGCAGAGCGCACUUCGAUCGGGCUCUCAUCAUCACCCUGCAACUCUGUCCUCUGGAAAACAAUGUAGUCCGGUCGAUGAGACAUUGCUGCAUGAAAUCCAGUCAGUGGAAACUGUCAGCGGUGGCUCCCGCGGUACUCAAUGCAACCGGUUCUCACCCACCCAUCCGAGUGCUUUGGACAAGCCAGAUCGCCCGUUGCUGAGAGGCCGUUCCGGUUUAAAUGCUCAGGCUGCUUGUCCAAGUCUACAACAGGCUCUUCAACUCAUUAGCUCGGAGGAUUGGGAAGCCAAAGUGUCCGGGUUGGAGGCUAUCGCUCAGAUUGCCUUGAAUAAGCCGUCCACCUUCUGUGCUACCGUCAAUGAUAAUCACACCGGGAGUUCCGGAUCAUCUUGUACUCCCGGACGAUCGGCACAAUUUCUUAACCCAACUGAAGCUUUGAAUCAAGCGGUACAAGCCGUGAUCACUGAGUGUCGUAAUUUGCGAUCUCAGGUAUCGCGACAGGCUGUUCACACACUGAGCGGCCUGUUUCAUGAAUUAGGCCGAAACAUGGAUCCACAUGUCGAGUCGUCUGUCCGGAUACUGCUGGGGAAAACAGGAGAAGCCGCAGCCGUGUUUCUCCGUGAUGAGGUAGCUGUGGCUAUGAAUGAAUUGGCGCACGCAGCCAAUCCUUCUAAAGUUUUGGUCGCUUUGUUGCAACACGGACUAGGCCACAAGAACGCCGCUGUUCGGUUAAAGACAGCGCUCCACAUCUCACAACUGGUGGAAUCUGUGAGCCAUGUAGACCCCCCGUCUCAGGGCACUAGGACUACCCGCACAUCGCGGCGAGAGCAACCUUUUGGAUCGAUGUCCACCUCUCAGCGCUCCUCUUCAACUAGCGCUUCCCAACUGACCGCCAACAUGCCUGCGCCAGCUGUCAUUUCGGGACUGAUGGACCGCCUUGUAACUGCUCUCAGCCAAUUCCUAACUGAUGGUAACCAAGAAACCCGCUACUACGGUCGUCGACUUUUGAACUCACUGAUGCACUACUCCGAUUUUGAGCGGUCGGUACGCAAACACCUGAGCGGUCAGAUGUUACGAGUUGUCCACGAAGCUAUGGAUCAGCUACAAACCAAAGGUGUUGGUGAAUUUCCAAGGGCCUCCGCCGGUGUUCGUCGCGGUGGCUACUCACCCGCUUCCAAUCAACGGUUACCACGUGGCUCCAGUGUAGGAAGGCCACCGUGCUCCUAACACUUGGAAGCAUUGAACUUCGUCGCCCACACACACUUUCAUGCCCAAGUGCCUAUUGUCUUUUUACAUAUCAACACCACACUGGUUUCAUAUCCGAAUCCGUACUGGAAGCAAGAUCCCCUUUGUGAACUUAUGCUUUAUCUCAUUUCCACAUAUUUUUCACCCUGUUCAGUGAUAGCCUCAAUUCCCUCCCCUCACCUAACGCUAUCCUUCGGGCAAUUCCAUGUGAUUGCGCUCAUACCUCCAUCGUUCUCUUAUGGUACAGCCACGCCACAAACCGGAGCCUAACACACACACACACUCACUCAUAAACUUUCCUUUUUGUUCACACGCACGCUAUUUGACUAGCCGCCAACUGCAAUGCCGAUCUGUACCAUUCUCCAACUAGAUUUAUUCCGUGAACAGGUUCACUUCCUCUGGCUCUUUCUGCACACCUCUGCCCCUCGCGUCACUUGACUGUGAUCCAUCGAUGUGUUUGACCAGAUCAUCGUAGUUAUAUUCUACAUGCGUUUUGCACCUUAGUAUCCCAACACUUUAGCUACACCCAUUCAGAUGUGUCCAGGCGUCAAUCGCUCGUUUUGCCUCGCCUUCCACUCAAGCGCACUUCAACUCAGAAUGAAUAUAACACUUUAUUUUUUU